CGCAUUCACCCCUCGAACGCGUAGCUACACCGUCGCUGCCACGAACCCCGCUAGCGUCAGACCAACGGCGUCCGUUACUACUUGCUGCUGUUGAGUGAUCAACACCGUCGACGACCGACAACCUGUGCUGGCGAAGGAAUAUGUGGGGCCGAGCAAACAUGGGCGUCGUCGUCCUGUUCUUCGUUGUCGUCUGCGCUUUUGCUAAUGCGGAAGGUGCGACGGAUGUUUCUGCAGAGACUGAGGCGGUCCUCGACAAGGCGGUUGCGUGGCUUUGGGGUAAACGAGAUAAGGAUGCUGGAUGGGGUAACGAGACGCAGCGAGUCCUUCUUGCUCUUCGGUUGGCCAACUUGUCCCAGGAGGACGAGGUCCCGCCACAACCAUCGCUGGAGCUGCAGCUUAGCGGGAAGCAAAUGGAACUGGAAAUCGUCCUUCUACUGUGGCGACACCACGAGAUACCCUAUGCUCCGAUGCGUCUGGCUCAGUACACCCUGGCAUUGAACGCCCUCUGCAUGGACCCGAGGCAGUUUCAUGGUCACGAUCUGAUCGGCACGCUGCAGCACCAUGAACCCCAACUCGACUACGAAUUCGCUUUCUCUACCCUGGCUGCUUGCAGCGCCCAAGCUCACGUAAGGAAGCGACAGAUCCGGAGACUCCUCGACAUAGCUAACGCUGCGCAGGAUCACAAUAUCGACACGGUGGCAAUGGUGAUCCUCGCGCUGCGUUGCAUAGUCCAGGACCAUCGACACAGGAAUCUCCACCACUUCGUGAGAAAGCCAUCGCUGGGUCUCGCCCAUCAGCAGCAACACGACGGGAGCUUCGGUAACUUGCAUACGACCGCUCUGGUGAUGCAGGCACUUGAAGAAGCGGAAAACGAACCUGCUGAGAAUUGGAAUCGGUCGGCGGCCGUCUCUUGGCUAGCAACUCGACAACACUCCGACGGCAGCUUUGAUAACGACGUUAAAACGACCGCCGAGGCAAUUUUAGGACUUUCGGCCAAGGGUCUUGCCAACGUUCGGGCUCUCGAUUGUGGCCAAGGAGUCACCGAUGCUCUUCCACCUCGUCUGACCAAUCCGAACGAGAUCGCAUUGGCGGACAAUCACAGCGAGGUGAUUCUCCUCUCCCCUACCGGAUCCAACGUGACCAAUCCAACGGAACCAGCUGGCACCCAGGCCCCGAUCCUGGUCAACAUCAGCUACACCCUCUGGGUUGGAAGCAACGUAAACGAGACGUACAACCUGACGAUAACAGCCCCGAGGAACGAAACCUUCUACGAGGUGAUGAUCACCGCUGCUGAAAUGUCGCCCCACUUCCAGUUUGCGGCCUCCGAAUGGCCGAACGGUCAUUACGUCCAUACCUUGGCCGGAUACAAGGAGGAGCCAAUGUCCUAUCAUUAUUGGUUGCUGUACAGACUGCCGACGCCACCGGAAGCUGGAUCUCCGCCCGGAAAUCAGCUGGUCGCACCAGGAGGUGUCGAUGACCUGCAGAUCAGCGAGGGCGACCAUUAUCUCUUCUGGUACAAAAAACUGUAAGGAAGUACGAAUCCGGAAUCGGAAAGUUCAGGGGAAACGGACAGAUUCCGACGGAGGGACGAGACAAACCGAAUCCAGGAUUAAAA